CCGCACGGGACGAGCCGUCGGGUCGCGUUUGGCGAUGGAGAGUUUCCAAAAGUACUUUCUCCCAUGAUCCAUCACCCCGCAAACUGCACUGCCACAAGCAAACCAAACUGUCUCCAGCGCACGUUCAGACCCUGAAAGACAUCAGUAGUAUGCUUCUAAGCCUGCAGUAACUCGCCCGUUCACUCUUCUCUAUCUCUCUAUAACUUGUUUCCUGUCCUCCGCGCUCAGGAGCGUCGACCCUCCGAGUCCCGCUCGAAAUGGCGGACCGGCGACCUGAAGGUGGACGAGAGUCCUCUACCGAACCUGCCAUCACGUCUCCACGAUCUAGUAUUGAUUUUCACCCCGCUGCUGCUGCUCGCAGUCCUCCAUUGCGUUCGACUGAACUCAGUAUCUCGUCGUCAAACCGCCGCAGUUUCCACGAAGCGCUGCGGUCGAUGCCUCAGUCUCCCCGAGCCCGACGACAACCCUCCCUGACCCAGGCCGCUAUUCAGAGUCUUAUCGACAAUCCUCCAGUUCCAAAUCCCUCAGAUCCAGCUUUCGCCGGUCGCGACUGGAGGCAGAUCACAAUAGGAGAGCUUGUCAAGCCGGAUGAUCUCAAAUACGUGCAGCUUGACACGGACAUCGAGGAAGCCACCAACCUCCUGAUCGACUCUAACGCGCCAAUUCUUCUAAUCCGAGAGACCGCUCAAGACAAGUCUGCCGUUAGCACGUUCGAUUAUACAGACCUCAACACGUAUCUGCUACUCGUGGUUGGGUUAGCGCAACCAGCUCCAGAGGAUAUCGAAUACUUCCAGCAAUUAGCGACUAGGGCCAGAGAAGGACAGAAGGUUCCACUGAAAGAUGUCAAGGCGAUCGGUCGUAAGGUCCCGCUCGUGACGCUGCCGGCGUCCGCCAGUUUGAUGACGACGGUCGAGACAUUCGGAGGUGGUGUUCACUGGGUGGUGGUAGUCAAGGACGACAGCUCGGAAGUUGUGGGGAUAUUCAGCCAGUUUCGACUCGUCAAAUUUCUCUGGGAAAAUGGACGAAGUUUCCCGGUUAUCGAUGAGUUAUACCCGCAGUAUCUGAAGGACUUGAUAGUUGGAUCUCAACAUGUCAUCUCGAUCAAUGGAGAUAGGCCGCUCUACGAGGCUCUGCGACUGAUGGAUCAGGAGGGAAUCAAUUCUCUUGCUGUCGUCGAUAGCCAUUCUAACGUUGUUGGUAAUAUCUCGGCAGCAGAUGUCAAGCUCUUGACCAAGUCCACCUCCCUGCCACUGCUGCAUAACUCUUGUAUCCACUUCAUUUCCGUGAUACUGUCGACGCGUGGCCUAAACGAGGGCAAAGACUCCUUUCCGGUCUUUCACGUAAAUCCCACGUCGACUCUAGCUCAUACAGUUGCCAAAAUGGUAGCUACUCGGUCCCAUCGUUUGUGGGUGACUGACCCACAGUCUCCGUCAUCUUCUGGACCUCCGACACCAUCUCAUUCCUCCACCCAGAUCCCUCUCUAUACACAGGGGAAUCCAGCCCCAGCUCAAACGUCGCUCACCCCUCCUUUACCCUCCCCUGGUUCACCUCCGCCGAUUAACACCCAGCCAAGCGCACCGCCAAACUACACUAGUCCACAUCUCCCGACUCCUCCGCAGCCUUACCAGGUGGCAUCGACUGUAGGCGGCACAGCUGCAAGCCUGCCACAAGUGAUGGCUCCCUCAAUCCCGGCAUCUGCCCUGCCGGGCGCCUGUCUAUCGGGCCGCCUGGUGGGAGUUGUCAGCCUUACGGAUGUGCUCAAUCUGUACGCUCGUGCCAGCGGCUUAAGGCCUGCAGACCCUGCAGAGACCCGAAACCGCCGGAGGCGCAGCAGUAGUUCUAGCGUUAAUGUGCGAAAAAGUGGCGACAUUGGUCGAGAACUCUUAGGUCGUGGUGGACCAUGAAUAUCACAUGUAUGUGACUAAGUGUCUGUGGCUGGCUGGACUCUGGUAAGUCCAAAGUACCAAACACAGCAAAUAGAAUUCUCAGCAGCUAUGAGUCAGUCUGGGCAUAUCAUUUUCUAUGAGGGCUUGUGUGAGUACUGGACAAGGCAGAUCAGCUUCCCCAGUUAGCGUACGCUUAACCUCCACCUGCUGUCGCUAUUGUCACAGCCACACAAGACCCAUUGUUCGAUUCUUA